CGAUAAAAGGCUCCCGCUUUUAACUCCCUCGUUAAGAAGGCGAGGAAGCAGAAGAACGAUCGAGCUGCAGAAUAGUGAUCCCGGGAGGAAGGAUUUGUUGUAUUUUGUUUCUUUGCAUUGAUUCGAUUUUCUCAUUGAUGGGUUCCAAUUAAAUGCUAAAAAGUUAUCUUUGAUCCAAUACCUUGUGGUCGACGUUGUAAUGUUUUCGUUUAUAGAUGAAUUCUUUUUCAUGUGUUCGCUAAUAGAUGAUGGGUCAUAUUCUUCAAAUAUGACCUGUUCUUCAUAUGUUUGAUCCGCUCGAUUUAUGUUUCGUUGGCAGAUCUCUUAAGCAAUGGUGUCAGGAAUCAAUGAGCGCGUUUUUGAAACCGAAGGGAUAAACAAGAAGAUCCACGAGCACAAGCGGUCUUCAUCGUCGUCCUCAUCGGAUGCGGAAAAUGAGAACCCUAAAUCAAAAUUGUCGUGGAAGAGACGUUUGUUUGGGAGGAAGGCAUCAGUGCACGCUGUACUGGGCGGAGGAAAAUCUGCUGAUAUCAUUCUAUGGAGAAACAAGCCGAUAUCGGGUGGAAUAGUAGCCGGAGCAACUGUUAUAUGGCUUCUUUUUGAAUGGAUAGGCUAUCAUCUACUGGCCUUUAUCUGCCACUUUCUUAUACUUUCACUGGCGGUGUGUUUCAUUUGGUCUAAUGCAGCAUCUUUUGUAAGCAGACCACCAAAAUUUCCAGAGGUCAUCUUGUCUGAGGACAUGCUUUUGUACAUAGUUCGCAGUGUGACAUCCAGAAUAAACGUUGCUUUUGCGACUUAUCUCUCUGUUGCCUCUGGGAAUGAUGUGAAGAAAUUCUUUCAGGUAAUUGGAGCUUUGUGGAUCUUUUCAUUGGUUGGUAGCUGGUUCAGUUUCUGGACUCUUGCAUACCUUGUAUUUCUGAUGCUGUAUACUGCGCCUGUUCUCUACGAGAAGUAUGAAGUCCAUGUCGAUACCAUGGCUGAGAAGGCACUCCUCGAAUUCAACAAGCACUAUGCAGCUUUCGACGAAAAGGUGCUCCGAAAAAUUCCUCGAGGGCCUUUUUCUGACAGAAAACAAGAUUGAAAUGAAAUUAUUUUUUAUUACCACUUGAGCCUGUUAGUGUGCUUACUAAAUUCACUUUGUUGUUAAUUUUGAGUUCAUAGAUUAUCAAAAUUCACUGUCUGAUUAAUAAAUGCACUGUUAGUAAAUUCUUUUCUUAAAAGGAUCAGUUA